UGAUUGGCUGAAGGCAUUCCCGGGAGCAUCUUGAACAUCACUUGAGCUCCUUUGGGGCCAAGAUGUCGCUCGUGGCGGGGGUAAUCCGCCGGCUGGACGAGACAGUAGUGAACCGUAUCGCGGCGGGGGAAGUUAUCCAGCGGCCGGCUAAUGCCAUCAAGGAGAUGAUUGAGAACUGUUUAGAUGCAAAAUCCACAAGUAUUCAAGUGGUUGUUAAAGAAGGAGGCCUGAAGUUGAUUCAAAUCCAAGACAAUGGCACUGGGAUCAGGAAGGAAGAUCUGGACAUUGUGUGUGAGAGAUUCACUACGAGUAAACUGCGGUCCUUUGAGGAUUUAGCCAGAAUUUCUACCUAUGGCUUUCGGGGUGAGGCUUUGGCCAGCAUAAGCCACGUGGCUCACGUUACUAUUACAACCAAAACUGCUGAUGGAAAGUGUGCAUACAGAGCAAGUUAUUCAGAUGGAAAGCUGAAAGCGCCUCCUAAGCCAUGUGCUGGCAAUCAGGGGACCCAAAUCACGGUGGAGGACCUUUUUUACAACAUAGCAACGAGGAGAAAAGCUUUAAAAAACCCAAGUGAAGAGUAUGGGAAAAUUUUGGAAGUUGUCGGCAGGUAUUCAAUACAUAAUUCAGGCAUUAGUUUCUCAGUUAAAAAACAAAGUGAGACAGUGGCUGAUGUUAGAACACUGCCUAAUGCCACAACUGUAGACAAUAUUCGCUCCAUCUUUGGCAACGCUGUUAGCCGAGAAUUAAUUGAAGUUGGGUGUGAGGAUAAAACCUUAGCCUUCAAAAUGAAUGGCUACAUAUCCAAUGCAAAUUAUUCGGUGAAGAAGUGCAUCUUCUUACUCUUCAUCAAUCAUCGUCUGGUAGAAUCAACUUCCUUGAAAAAAGCAGUAGAAGCGGUGUAUGCAGCGUAUUUGCCGAAAAACACACACCCGUUCCUGUACCUCAGUUUAGAAAUCAGUCCCCAGAAUGUGGAUGUCAAUGUGCACCCUACAAAGCACGAGGUUCACUUCCUGCAUGAGGACAGCAUCCUGGAGCGGGUACAGCAGCACAUCGAGAGCAAGCUCCUGGGUUCCAACUCUUCCAGGAUGUAUUUCACCCAGACUUUGCUUCCAGGACUUGCUGGUCCCUCUGGGGAGGUGGUUAAAUCCACAAUGGGUGUGACUUCAUCUACUUCUGGAAGUAGUGACAAGGUCUAUGCCUACCAGAUGGUACGUACAGAUUCCCGGGAACAGAAACUUGAUGCCUUUCUGCAGCCUGUGAGCAAGCACCUGUCCCAUGGGUCCACGGCCAUGGUCCUAGAAGAUAAGAUAGAUGAUUCUAGUGGCAGGGCCACACAGCAAGAUGAGGAGAUGCCUGAGCUCCCAGCUCCUAUUGAAAUGUCUGCCAAGAAUCAGGGCUUGGAAGGAGAUGCAUUAAAGAGGACUUCAGAAACAUCAGAAGAGAGAGGGCCCACUUCCAGCCCAGGCAACCCCAGAAAGAGACAACGGGAAGACUCUGAUGUAGAAAUGGUGGAAGAUGACUCCCGAAAGGAAAUGACAGCAGCCUGUACUCCCCGGAGAAGGAUUAUUAACCUCACCAGUGUUUUGAAUCUCCAGGAAGAAAUUAAUGAGCGGGGGCAUGAGACUCUCCGAGAGAUGCUGAAUAACCACUCCUUUGUUGGCUGCGUGAAUCCUCAGUGGGCCUUGGCACAGUAUCAGACCAAGUUAUACCUUCUCAAUACCACCAAACUCAGUGAAGAACUGUUCUAUCAGAUACUCAUUUAUGAUUUCGCCAAUUUUGGGGUCCUGAGGCUAUCGGAGCCAGCACCGCUCUUUGACCUCGCAAUGCUCGCCUUAGAAAGUCCUGAGAGUGGCUGGACAGAGGAAGAUGGUCCCAAAGAAGGACUUGCUGAAUACAUUGUUGAGUUUCUGAAGAAGAAGGCUGAGAUGCUUGCUGACUAUUUCUCUUUGGAAAUUGAUGAGGAAGGGAAUUUGAUUGGAUUACCCCUUCUGAUUGACAAUUAUGUACCCCCUUUGGAGGGACUGCCUGUCUUCAUACUUCGACUAGCCACUGAGGUGAACUGGGAUGAAGAAAAAGAAUGCUUUGAAAGCCUCAGUAAAGAAUGUGCUAUGUUCUACUCCAUCCGAAAGCAGUAUGUAUGUGAGGAGUCUACCCUCUCAAGCCAGCAGAGUGAUGUGCCUGGUUCCACACCAAACCCCUGGAAGUGGACUGUGGAACACAUUGUCUAUAAAGCCUUCCGCUCACACCUUCUGCCUCCUAAACACUUCACAGAAGAUGGAAAUAUCUUGCAACUUGCUAACCUGCCUGAUCUAUACAAAGUCUUUGAGAGGUGUUGACCCUGGUCAUGUAUGGACCAAGAAGUAUGUUGCUCUUCCUUUGUAUCCUGAUGUUGGUAGGACUUAAUGACGAAGACUCAUGUUUGCCUUUUCACUAGUAGCAUUUCUGCAUGCUUAGUAGAUUGACUGUGAAUAAAUAGUCAAAUAUGUCCUAACAUGAUUUCUUAGAUAUUUAAUUUCAUUAUAUGUGAAAGUUUUUCUAGGCUGAUUUUUACCUAGUGUAUAAAUCAUCAUGUUUAUGAAUCCCCAAAGAGGACUGAAAGCCUCCUGGGCAUCUGAUAAGGUGUUGUACAAGCAAAGCACCAUUAAGAAUUCCAUCAAAAAAAAAAAAAAUCAAUUUAAAAAAAUUUAAAAUAGAAAAAAAUACAAAAACGCACACAAACAGAAUACUAUCCAUAAACCUACAAUUUCUCUAGUAAAAAAAAAAAGAAAAUUCUGAAAGGCCUUGAAAAUUUUCCUGGAUCAUGCUGAUUUGAUCCUUUCUGUAUUCUGUUAAAUUUCUAUUAUCAUGUGAUAAUAGUUAAUUAUGUUGUUCAGGUACCUUUUAAAAGAGAUCCUGAAUAUAUAAGAUGCUCUGGUGGCACUAUGAAGAAAGCUUGUACUUAAUAAUCUGUUAGUAUUAUCAAUAACCAAAGCCAAUUUAUUUAUUCUUAAUGAAAAAAUGAGUAGGAUUUCUAUUCUUGAGGGAAAAAAAUCAUCCUUAUCCAGACUGUAAUUGGUCAUGAUUUUUUAACUUGCCCACUUUGUUAAUGGCUCUAAGUACUACCAGCUUAAGGGAAAGAGAUGUCUAGGUAUUUUUGUUUGAAGGUUGAUGUAAAAUACAAAUGUAAACUGUGACAAAAUAAACUACCUUACUAUUA